GAUCAUGGCAUGUAGUCCACAUUACGUCAGAUGUAUCAAAACAUCGGAACAGAAAACUCCACUGGCCUGGAACCAACAAAGGGUUAUUAAUCAGAUACGUUAUCUUGGACUCAAAGAGAGCAUUGUCAUCAGAAAAACAGGAUUUGCAAUCCGCAGAAAUUUUGAAUGUAUCUUAAGAAGGUUUGGAAUAAUUGCUCCAGAAACCAAACAUGGCUGGUCAGGUGACCGUGCUGAAGCUUGUCGCUUUAUACUUAAAGCCGCUGGAUUUGAUUCUGGAAAAUGGAUAAUUGGAAAAACAAAGUUAUUUCUUAAAGAACCUGAUGCGCUUCAUGAUCUAGAGAACAUAAAGAAUAAACGCAUCAACGAAGCUUGUGUCGCGAUCCAAAGUAAUUACCGACGUCACAGUCUGAAGAAACAGUACAACGAAAAGAAACAAGCCGCUGUUUUAAUUCAAAGACGUUAUCGCGCUUAUCGACUCAAAGUAGCCUCAGAAUUCCGAAGAAACUCAUUUGCCUCAGGAAUGGAGUGGAAACCUCAGAAUUGGGAUAUACUAGCAGAAAUGUUUCAAUCCACAAAUGAAUUUAAAAAUGAAAGAAAAUCAAAUUCUGGAUCUUUUACAAUAUUAAUGAAAACGAUAUUUGGACCAUCAGGAGGCGGUGUACACUGCAAAGGAAUAUGGCUUGAACUUUCGGAGCGAUCAUUAACAACAGCCACAAAAGAAGUUUGCCUCCAUAUCUGCAAUUGCAAAGAGGAAUUUGCACCCCUGAAAACUGGAGAACACUUCAUAAGUGAGCUUGUGGCCUUAGGACCAAACAAAGAUCCAUUGAGAGCUCCCGCAAAAUUGUGCCUUCCUCUUUAUGAUGAUAUGUGUGCAGAUCAGGAAUUGCUGCUACGAUGGUCACCAACUCAAGUCGGUGAAGGGGCACAAUGGAAGGACGUGUUUCCAGGAACUUUAAAAGGAAAAUUUGCCGGACCCACCGUAAUACUGCAGAUUGUUAAUACUAAACAAGUCAAAGUAACUACAAAUACGUUUGGUUUAUUUUGUAUUAUUUCUCGAGAACCGUCAAAAAUAGAUAGUCAUCAGAAUCAUGAUGAAGGUGAAGCAAGGAGGGGAAGUCUUCUUUCUCAAGGAAUAUCUGGUUUUAUCAAACUAGUGGGUCAAAAGUUUAGGAAUGAAAAGGAAGAAUGGUUUGAACAAGAUCAGGAAAGAUCUGAACAAAUUGCUUUGAUAAGGUAG